CUAUACUUGAGUACUAAACCCUAAUGAUUUAAAUACUCUUUCACGCACAAAACACACAUACGCACGCGCACGCGCACGCGCACGCACAUCGCUGCUGUCUUUCUCCGCAACUCUCUCAAUCUAAACCCUAGAAAAUCAGCAGCUUCAAGAUUGGAAUCUCAUUUUCUAGGGUUUAGCAGUUACCACCUCGAUCAUCGUCGUCAUCAGUAUAUACGAAAUAAAAUUUUUGGAUAUAUUUUCGACACUUGUAUCAGUAAUAAUCAUUUUGGUUUCUCGAGGGAAAUGGAUCUUCAGAAUUUGGCUAUAAUUCUCCGUGGUGCGCUUAGUCCCAAUCCUGAUGAACGUAAAGCUGCCGAGGAGAGCUUGAAUCAAUUUCAGUACACGCCUCAGCAUUUAGUGAGGCUGUUGCAGAUUAUAGUAGAUGGAAACUGCGAUAUGGCAGUAAGACAAGUGGCAAGUAUUCAUUUUAAAAAUUUCAUAGCGAGAAACUGGGCCCCACAUGACCCUGGUGAGCAAUCGAAGAUCUUGCCAAGUGAUAAGGAUGUGGUGAGGCAGAAUAUUCUGAAUUUCAUUGCUCAAGUUCCCCAGUUGUUAAGAGUACAGCUGGGUGAGUGCCUGAAGACAAUAAUACAUGCUGAUUACCCAGAGCAAUGGCCAGCCUUAUUGCAUUGGGUGAAACUCAAUUUGCAGGAUCAGCAAGUUUUUGGUGCUUUAUUCGUGCUAAGGAUCCUUGCUAGGAAAUACGAGUUUAAAUCAGAUGAAGAGAGAACACCAGUUUACCACAUCGUUGAUGAAACAUUUCCUCCUCUCCUCAAUAUCUUCAACAGACUUGUUCAGAUUACAAAUCCUUCAAUUGAAGUAGCAGAUUUGAUCAAGCUUAUCUGCAAAAUAUUUUGGUCCUGUAUAUAUUUGGAGAUUCCCAAACAAUUAUUUGAUCCAAAUGUGUUCAAUGCCUGGAUGGUUCUAUUUCUAAAUAUAUUAGAGAGACCUGUCCCAUUAGAAGGGCAGCCUGUUGAUCCAGAGGUGCGGAAAUCAUGGGGAUGGUGGAAAGUGAAGAAGUGGACAGUUCACAUACUGAAUCGACUUUACACGCGGUUUGGGGACUUGAAACUUCAGAAUCCUGAUAACAAAGUAUUUGCCCAAAUGUUUCAGAAGAAUUAUGCAGGAAAAAUUUUGGAGUGCCAUCUAAAUCUGUUGAAUGUUAUUCGUGUUGGAGGCUAUUUGCCUGACCGAGUGAUAAAUCUUAUUUUGCAAUACUUGAGCAACAGUAUUUCAAGGAGUAAUAUGUAUAACCUUCUCCAACCAAGGCUGGAUGUGGUUCUAUUUGAGAUUAUUUUUCCACUCAUGUGCUUCAGUGAUGCUGAUCAAAAGCUUUGGGAUGAAGACCCACAUGAGUAUGUGAGAAAGGGUUAUGACAUAAUUGAGGAUUUAUAUAGUCCUAGAACUGCUGCAAUGGAUUUUGUGAGCGAGUUGGUGAGGAAGCGUGGUAAAGAGAACCUUCAGAAGUUUAUUCUCUUUAUUGUGGAGAUUUUUAAUAGAUAUAAUGAGGCUGUCCCAGAAUACAAGCCCUUUAGGCAGAAAGAUGGUGCCCUUCUUGCUAUUGGAGCUCUAUGUGAUAGGCUUAAACAAACUGAACCGUACAAGUCGGAGCUUGAGCGCAUGCUUGUACAGCAUGUUUUCCCUGAAUUCAGUAGUCCUGCUGGUCAUCUUAGAGCUAAGGCAGCUUGGGUUGCUGGACAAUAUGCUCAUGUUAACUUCUCAGACCCAAAUAAUUUCCGGAAUGCUCUGCGCAGUGUUGUUGCUGGAAUGCGUGAUCCAGAGCUCCCUGUUCGUGUUGAUUCUGUUUUUGCUUUGCGUUCCUUUGUUGAAGCCUGCAAAGAUUUGGAUGAGAUUCGACCAAUUCUUCCACAAUUACUAGAUGAAUUUUUCAAACUUAUGAAUGAAGUAGAAAAUGAAGAUCUUGUAUUUACAUUGGAGACUAUUGUGGACAAAUUUGGAGAAGAGAUGGCUCCUUAUGCUCUUGGAUUGUGCCAGAAUCUGGCUGCUGCCUUUUGGAAGUGUUUGAAUACUGCUGAAGCAGAUGAUGAGGCUGAUGACCCUGGUGCAUUGGCUGCAGUUGGUUGUCUUCGCGCCAUAAGCACAAUUCUUGAGUCUGUCAGCAGCCUUCCUCACCUUUUUGUGCAGAUUGAGCCAACUUUACUCCCAAUUAUGCGUAGGAUGUUGACAACUGAUGGACAAGAGGUCUUUGAGGAGGUACUGGAGAUUGUGUCAUACAUGACCUUUUUCUCGCCAACAAUAUCCAUGGAUAUGUGGAGUCUUUGGCCAUUAAUGAUGGAAGCACUUGCUGACUGGGCCAUUGAUUUCUUUCCAAAUAUAUUGGUUCCACUAGACAACUAUGUGUCUAGAAGUACAGUACAUUUCCUCACAUGCAAAGAACCAGACUACCAACAGAGCCUUUGGCAUAUGAUUUCAUCUAUCAUGGCAGAUAAAAACUUAGAGGAUGGUGAUAUUGAGCCAGCACCUAAGCUCAUUCAAGUGGUGUUUCAGAACUGCAGGGGCCAGGUAGAUCACUGGGUUGAGCCAUAUAUCAGAAUUGCUGUUGAGCGCCUGCGCCGAACAGAGAAACCUUAUUUGAAGUGCCUCUUGAUUGAAGUGAUUGCUGAUGCUCUUUACUACAAUGCUUCAUUGACUCUAAGCAUACUGCACAAGCUUGGUGUUGCUUCGGAUAUUUUUGCCCUUUGGUUCCAAAUGUUGCAACAAACUAAAAAGAAUGGAGUGCGAGCUAACUUUAAAAGGGAACAUGAUAAGAAGGUAUGCUGCUUGGGUAUGACAUCAUUGCUUUCUCUUCCCAAUGACCAGUUCCCUGCAGAGGCUUUAGAGCGUGUUUUUAAAGCCACUCUGGAACUUCUAGUUGCAUACAAGGAACAAUUGGCAGAAGCAGAAAAGGAGGCGGCUGAAGAUAAUGAUGAUAUGGAUGGCCUGCCAACUGAUGAUGAGGAUGAUGAUGGUGAUGUAUCUGACAAGGAAAUGGGAAUUGAUGAUGAGGAUGGAGAUGAGGCUGACAGCAUUAAACUUCAAAAGUUGGCAGCUCAGGCCAAGGCUUUUCGCUCAACUGAGGAUGAUGAGGAUGACUCAGAUGAUGAUUUCAGUGAUGAUGAAGAAUUGCAGUCACCCAUAGAUGACGUAGAUCCUUUUGUCUUCUUUGUCGAUACAAUAAAAGCCUUGCAAGCAUCUGAUCCUUUGAGGUUCCAGAACCUGACCCAGACGCUUGAUUUCCAUUUUCAAGCCCUUGCCAAUGGUGUUGCUCAGCAUGCUGAGCAGCGAAGAGUGGAAAUUGAGAAGGAAAAAAUGGAGAAAGCAUCUUCAGCUGCAGUGGGCGCCUCAUGAUUUCGUUUUGUAGAGCCCUGAUUGCUGGUAUUAUGGUUUUGGCGUCUGAGUUCAUUGGUCAUCAUGCAAUAAUGGUGCCAGAAAAUCAAGAGUGAGUUGGAAGCUGUAGAGUUCUCUGGGUUCACUGGUCUUGGUGAUCAGUGAGAGUAUGAAUCCAUAUUCUGGUCCAAACAAGUGUCUGCAUUCCAAAGAUGAGCUUAAUCGGAACUCGUGAUGCUGCUGCCCCUUUUCUCUGAAGCUGUGGGUUUGCGGUAGUCAUUAUCUGAUGAAUCGGCUGUUCUAUAUAAGAAUAUCGCCUUUUCUCAGGUUAUAUCCUUUAGGGGGGAGUCUUGUAGUUGUAGAAUUUUUAUACGGAUGGACCAAAAAAAAAUUAUAUAUUUUGAUUAGUGACCCCUCUGUUCGGCGUAGCAGGAGGGUGAAGUCCAUACAGGUUAUAUUAGUUGUAUUGCGGUUGGUCUGAAGAGGUCGGUAGUAGAUGUAACCUUAUUCAUAUCCAUGUCAUUCUUUUCUUAUUGUUGAGAGUGCAUAAAUUUUUGCUUGGCGGUGUAGUUCACAUAAUGUUGCAUCAUUGGUCAUCUUGUGGGUUGUCGGGAGAUUUUGCUUGCGAUCCUAAUAGGUUUAGAAAACUGUAUUCUUUAACAUUUGUAUCGAAGUGAAGUCUCAAUUUUGUCUUUCCUGUAGUGAUCUUUCUUGCAGGAGUCCUA